CCGCCCAGAUGCACGGAGCCGGUGGCACAACAGGUCCCUCUGUGGACACUUUGACAGGCACAGCGCAGUUGCCAAGGGUAAAAUGCAAAAAGUCUGAGGACCGGAUUUAAUCUUUGGGUCGAUAUGAAACUCCUUAUAUCUUUUAAAAAAUAACUGAGAAGAACGUGACUUUGAUCCAGUUGCGCGCAGCUCAUUUUUUGACACUGAUCCAGAGUUUCACCAUGUCAAGCGGAGUUUUGGCCUGUCUGAGUACGCUGACUUUGAGUAUACAGCAGCUGGGUCAAUUACCACACUUGUCGCACUGGUUGCCCCGUCUACCUUUACCUCAAGCCACCGUACUCGCCUCUGAUGUGCCGAGCCUGUUUCGUGAGCCCUAUAUCUUGUCGGGCUAUCGUCCGGUGCAUCAGGAAUGGCGGAGCUACUUUUGUAGCCUCUUUCAAUGCCACAAUGAGUCGCUCAAUGUAUGGACACACCUGCUGGCAAUUCCUGCCAUUCUACUCCAGUUUUCUUUAUUUGUAGGGACACGGGGGCUGACGCUCAGCAUGGCGUCUUUGCCUCUGUUUUUGUACAUGUUGUCUUCACUUACCUACCUCAGUUUCAGCGUGGCCGCCCAUCUGCUGCAGUCACACUCUGAACUGGCCCAUUACUCCCUUUUCUUCAUUGACUAUGUUGGUGUAGCUAUUUACCAGUAUGGGUGCUCACUAGGCCACUAUUUUUACUGUUCAGAGCCAGUAUGGAGGCACAGCCCAGUGGGUAUUGUGUUUCUGCCUGGUGCCGCAGUCCUGGCCUGGUUGUCCUGCACCAGCUGCUGCUACGCCAAAUUCCGUUACCACCGCCCGUACCCGCUCCGCCGGAAGAUCUGCCAGAUCGUUCCCACCAGCCUGGCGUACAUGCUCGACAUCAGCCCCAUAGCACACCGCCUGGUCACCAGAUCUUGGAAUGAGCCGGUGUUGGUGUUUCAUGUCCUACAAGUGGUGUUUUUCAUGUUAGCGGCUCUGUUUUUCUCUUGUCCUGUUCCUGAGCGCUUCUUUCCAGGGAGAUGUGACAUUGUGGGCCAUGGACAUCAGAUCUUCCAUAUCUUCCUGGCUAUGUGUACUAUGUGCCAGCUGGAAGCCAUGUUUAGAGACUUUCUGGUGCAUCGGCAGUCUGUUGUAGAUGUGCAUGGAGAACAUUUCAUUAUGCUCGCUGGAGGAUCAUUCUUCUUGUUGGUGCUGUGCAGUGUUCUGACUGCAGUUCUUAUGAGAGGAGCUGUGCAAAGGCAACUAAAGAAAAAAGACUGAAAACUAUUUUGAAAAGAUUUUACUAAGCAUAUAUGCUUAGUUAUAUACUGUAUUACCAAGAGGUCAAUUUAUUAAUGUAAGUUGUAAAUUUAAAAUAGUAUUAUUUUAGUGCAUUUAUUAUGAGAAUUGCGAUGGGAAGUCUUUUCCUUCUUUCAUAUUUUUUUUUAAUAUUAAUAGUCAUACAGAUCAAAUCAAACUCAUACUAAAUGGGUUUUCCCCACAAAUGAAUUCACUGCUGAGUAUAAUCCACCACUUAGCCGACAUUCCUCUGAGAUCCAGUACUGUAUGGCUUUGCAUAACUGGCCUGUUUACAUAAAACAGUUUGGAGUCUGAGAAUGAGUUUUUCGAAAGGCAAAAACAUUCAAAUUAAGGAGAAAAGAUGGACUUGGCCCAAAUUAGAAUGAGGGAGAGUUGGAGGGGUGAGGGAUAAGGGAAACAAAGAGGCUACUUUUAUUUUGCACCCAGCGUUGUCAGGCAACAGUGUUGUGGUAGAGGAACGGAUCAACUCUUGUUUACUUUUUGUUUAUUUUAUAGAACAUUCAUACAGAAUAUAAAUACUCUGUAUAAAAAAAAACAUACCAUCUGUAGGCCUGAACAAAAAAAUUCAUGCUUAAAUACUUUGUUGUCUGGGUGUGUUGUUAUAUACUGUGGGGUCCAGCAGUCUAGAACCACACUGAAAAUCUAGUAGUCAAAAUCUGAUUUAAACCUAGAGAAAAAUAAAGUUUUAUAAUUUAAAAAAAAUUUAAACGCUGUAAUUGCGAUGUAAUUCUUCUGAACAAAUAUACUUUUGAAAUGUAUUUUUCGCCCUUGAUGUAUGAUGUACUGUAUUUAAUUCAUAACAAAUAAUUUCUACCUCAGUUUAACCCUGGUGUUUAAACAAAAAUGUGCCUUACGUAUUGCUAUAUUAAAACCCAUGUAAUAAAUCUUUGGCGAGUUUUGAUUUUAGUUAAGCAAGUUGAAUGAGACUUAAUAUUUGUAAGUAAAAAAAAGAAGUUAAAAUUCUAUUUCAUAUAGUAAUUAUUUUGGUGUUUCAUAACAGUAGUUUUUGUGCAAAGACAUUAUUGAAAUACAGUUUAGCAUACAUACUUUGUCCAUUAGGAGGCAGCAGUGUUCCAUACAUGAACUGAGACAAAUUUUUGUUUUAAUUAAGUAUAGAUAUAAUUCAAAACAGAACUAACCCUAUUUAUAUAUAAAAUCUAAAUAAGAAUAGAGAAAUGAUACUUUAUUAUUAAAAAUAAGCAUCUAAGCUAAGUGAAGUGAAUUGUUUUGAGGGAUGUAUGGAUUAGGCACUGGAGUGACAGGAAUCCAGAAUGAGGAAGUGUGACUUUGUCAAAUCCCUGUUGGAUCAGUGUGUUCCUGCUGCCAGUGAAGACAAGAUGAUGAUGGGUGAUCUAGGAUCGUGCAGCUGAAGUCCAAGAUUAGCAUUGUGUCAGCCCUCUUCAUCAUUAUUUAUGUCACAGCCUACAGCCUUUGUACAAGCUGUUUCAGUAUAUCUGACAGUGUUUCACCCAGGCAUUUGCACAGAGGAGAGAAAACAAAUAUUCCAUCUGCACCUCAACAAAAUAAACUACCUGAGUCCCAGAGUGUUGAAUAUAUGCCAGAUGCCAGGGAUCUAACUGAUCAUAUAUACUCACUCGUGGAGGCUCAACUGAAUGAGGAAAAUCCUUAUGAGUGCAUUAGUGAGCCUCCAUUACACCCUCCAUCUGACAAUGCUGAAGGGGAGAAUGAGAGCCCUUCCCCAGCAAUGACAAAGCCUGAUGAUAAUCACUCUGUCUCAGCCCCCAACAAACCAGUAAACAAGCAGACAGUGGAGCAGCCUGAUGCUUUACCUCAACUUCUGACCAACUCCGAACCGACUGCUGUCUAUGCUGCAGUGAACUGGAAAACCAAGAGUCAGAAGAACAUAGCACCUCUGUUUGAUACGGAUACUGUGGUUGAUAUGAGGGAUAUUGCUAAGGAGGCUGUCCCUCCUAUUCCAGACAAACAUUUCUAGUAUGACAGAAGGCCAACAUUUUUAUUUAAAAUACAUUAUUUGUAUUUAUUCACAUUUUGCAAGCCUUAAAACAAACUUGAAACACAAACACGUCGUUAAAAAUAAAUAUUUUUGUAUUUUUUUGCUUUUUAUCAUUUGAACUAUUAAAUAUGUCCAUUCAUUGCCAUAACUUCAUAUAAAACUAUAAAGGAACCAUGUCUGGGUUAUUGUAGGUCAGUGUGAGUCACAUGACACAAUGCCUCGAGCCAAUACCCAGACUGGAUUCAGAGACUGAAACCCAACAUGCUUGUGCUGUCCAGACCUAAAAUCCCCUUUGGAGGAUGAAGUCCGUCGGGCACGGCCGCCGACAGAAGAAAGCUUAUAAUCCCCAUACAUCAUUACAUGAUUAAUGCUUUCUUCUAAAUGUCUGUUUGCAAAUACACAGUGCUGAAUAUUUAGGAAAUAGACCAAAUGAUGUAGGUGAAAGGUGACAGUGGACUGCUAUGGAAACUGCAGAAUGGUGUCUAAACUGGGCAGUUACCUUAGAAUGACCUAAAAUAAUCUGUCUGUCUAUUCACACACACACACACAUAUAUAUUAAUAAAUAUGAAAUAAUUAUUAUUGUGGAAUACUUUUUUAUCAUCUAUAUUACAUUGGAAAUAAAAACAAUAUUUUGAACUAUAA